AUGACCGAUGAGCAAAUUGAGAUUCUAAGAGUGCAAAUAGCAAUAUAUGCCUCCAUUUGUGAGAAGCUUAGUGAUAUGUACAAGAGGCUCAUGUUUCAGCAGCAACAAGAUCUUCCACUUCCAUUAGAUGAACUUUUUUGUGUAGAGCCAUUGAUGUUGUAUGGUGGCCAGAGAUGGAGCAGCCGAAGGCGAUGGGCUCCGACGAGAAAACAGCUCGAGAUUCUGGAGAAGAUAUUCGAGGAAGGCGACGGAGCUCAUCCGAGCAAGGCGAAGAUCAAGGACAUCACUGCCGUGCUAAGCCACCAUGGCCAAAUUUCUGAGGCCAAUGUGUACACAUGGUUCCAGAACAGACGCGCUCGGUUGAAGAGGAAGUUGCAGAACCACAACAUAGAACGAUCACUGUGUUUGCUUCGACUUUCAUGGGUUGCGGAUGAACGGAAAUGUCUGAAUCUUCAUCGUGGUGAAUUGGAAUUUUCUGAUCAGUAUUGCAUCUUUCUUUAUCCGUUUUAUUCUCUUUUCCCCGAAGAUAUACCUUCCGACCAAACUAUUUUAAAUUAUGGAUUGCCCUUAUUCUCUGUGGGCAUUUUUUCCCUUGUGACGAUUGCUGUAGAUAUCUAA